AUGCUCCCCGCGGCCCUGCAGCAUCAACAGCCGCCUAACCCUACUACUUCCUGCAGCCCUAACAGCAACAACAGCAGCAGCAGCAGCACCCCUAGCAGCAGCAGCAGCAGCAGCAGCAGCUCUCCUAGCAACAGCAGCAGCGCGACGACAACCACCGCCAACCCGAGCAGCAGCAGCAGCAGCAGCAAGAACAGCAGCACUCCCAGCAGCAGCAAAGACGACGCCAGCAUCCCCAGCAGCAGCAGCAGCAGCAGCAGCAGCAGCAGCUGCUGCUGCGGUGUGUCUUGUGCGCUGUCUUCUACAUUGUGUGUUUGUUCUGGUUGCAGCAGCGCAGAAGCAAUUUGUUUGUCUGCUGCUUCCAUGCCUCCUGAAGCUCAAAGCAGAGGAGAGACAGUGUCUCCCUACUUAGCUACAAUAAAAGAGUCUCCUGCGUGCACCUCUGCUGCUGCUGCUGCGGGUGCUGCUGCUGGUGCUGCUGAGGACAAGCAGCAGCAGCAACAGCAGCAGCAGCAGGAGUUAGUUCUGCUGCUGCAGCGAUGGCGGGUGCAGCAGGAAGCCGAGAAGGCUGCAGUGUAUAGGCAGCUAAAGUCGUUAGAACAAAGGGUGUCUGCGCAGCAUUCUUUAAUAUUAGCAUUGGUUGUAGCUUUAAGGAGGGACUGUAUUAAUAGAGACAGCUGGCGUCGUCUAGAGGCUCUGCUGCAUGCAUCAAGCGAGCAGGAGCAGCAGCAGCUGCAGCAGCAGUUGCUGCAGCAGCAGCUGCUGCAGCAGCAGCAGCAGCAAGAAGAAGAAGAAGAAGUUAUUGAUGUACUUAGGGGGUCUGCAGGUAAAUGGACAGGCAGACUUUAUCGCUGGUCUUUGCGUGUUGACGAUCUCCCUCUGCCUGAAUUCAUUCUUCACCCUCCUGCUGCUGCUGCUGCUGCUGCUGCUGCAGCAGCAGCGGGGGGUGCUGCUGCUGCUGGCUGUGUGCGCAGCCGCUGCGGCAGCUGCAGUAGUCCCUUCUCCGACAGUGCAGCGCCAGCCACAGCAGCAGCAGCAGCAGCAGCUGCUGCUGCUGCUGCUGCUGCAGGAGUAGGUGCAGGGAGUCGUAGGUGCAGCGACAGCGGGGAAGAGCCUUGUUGCUUGAACUGGAACAGCAGCAGCAGCAGCAGCAGCAGCAGCAAAGGGCUGUCAAUACAGCUGGAAGCAGCAGGAGGCGCAUUGCUUAGCAAGGAGGCUCUGCAUGCUGCUGAAGGCUUUCGUUAUUUUCUUGCUCAAGCUACUGUCUGCAGAGACACCUGGGAGAGCACCUUUGCUUCUUUUGCUCAAACCGCAGCACCGGUGCAUGCACUGGCUAGCAGCAAACUGCUGCUGCUGCGCCUCCUCGAGGAUGCGGUCGCUCUACCUGCUUCCGAGCUGCUGCUGCUCGUUGCUGAGUGGACCCAACACCCCUCUGCUGCUGAUGAUGCAGCAGCAGCAGCAGCAGCAGCAGCAGCAGGCAGCAGCAGCAAACCCCACCUGCGGGUCUUGUGUCUCCUAGAUAGAGCUGCUGCUGCUGCUAGUGGAUUGCCGCUGCGCAGCUUGAAGAGGGGCACGGAGCUUUCUUCUGCUGCCUUUGAACCAUUUGCUGUUUGCGUGCAGCGCAGCAGCAGCAGCAGCCGCAACAGCAGCCGCAGCAGCAGCCGCAGCAGCAGCCCCUCCAGCAGCAGAAGGCGCAGCAGCAGCAACUCAAGCAACAGCGAAACAGAGACAGAAAAAGAAGACAAACACAAAAAAUUAGUAGUCCCCAUCUGCUGCAUCCAUGGCCUGAAGCUGCUCACAGACGAAGCACCUUCUGCGAGCAGCAGCAGCAGCAGCCGCAACAGCAGCAGCAGCAGCAACAGUAGCAGCAGCAGCAGCAGCAGCAGCAAUUUUAGGGACGGAAGGGACUGCCCCAAAAGACAGAAGCGCUCGCCCGUAGACACACCGCCAGAAGCAGAGGCAGCAGAUAGAGCAGCAGCAGCAGCAGAGACAGCAACAGCAGCAGCAGCAACUGCAGCAGCAGCAGCAACAGCAGCAGGAGACAGCGAUGCACCUACAGGAGACAACGGUAAACAUAAGCGAGAAGGACCGGGAGACACAACCGAAGCAGCAGAGGCAGCCAGUAAAGCACAAGACAGGCACCAGCAGCAGCAGCAGCAGAACAGGCAGCAGCAGCAGCAGCAGCAGCAGGACAACAGGGACUCGGGAGGGGCACAGAGCCCAGAGACCCCAUCGCCAACGAACCCCAACAGCAGCAACAGCAACAGCAGCAGCAGCAGCAGCAGCAGCAGCAGCAGCAAGCGGAGUCGGGCUGUGGUAUCCUGCGCCCCCAUCAGCAGUGUUGCUGCUGAGAGCUGCCUGCGAUCUGACAACCAGGUGCAGCCAGCUGCUGCAAACAGUGCAGCAGCAGCAGCAGCAGCAGCAGCCACCACGCAGCAAAAGGAGACACACAAGGAGACAGGCUGGCCUGCUGCAGAUAGGGCGAGGAGCAGCAGCAGCAGCAGCAGCAGCAGCAGCAAAGACGGCGGAGACAGUGAACGGAGACGCAUCCGCAGCAGCACCCCAAUAAAAUCCGAAGCGUCAGCAGUGCUGGCAGCAGCAGCAGCAGAAGCAGCAGGAGCAGCAGCAGCACCUGCUACUCCAGCACGUGCUGCAGCCGCACCAGCAGCAACAGCAGCAGCAACAGCAGCAGCACCAGCAGCAGCAGAUGACAGGGGACAUCGUCAGGGUGUAUGUGUUUCUGUGCGUUGUUCUGGGCUGUCUAUGCAGCAGGAGCUGCAGCAGCAGCAGCAGCAGCUGCCGCGCGUUCAGGUGUCUGUACACCGCAGCGAGAGGGCGCAGCUGCCUGCAUUUGAGUGCAUGCAAUGCGCAGAGUUCUACCAGCUGCUAGAAAGAAAAGGAGACAGCAGCAGCAGCAGCAGCAACUCCACGUUACACAGAGCAGCACCUUGCAAACACCACCAACAGCAGCAGCAGCAGCAGCAGCAGCAGCAGAAGCAUAAGCACCAGCAGCCGCAGGCAGAGACCGAAACAGACAGCAGCGGAACAGAAGAAACGCAUGCAUGCAACGGAGACCCUGCUGCUGCUGCUGCUGCUGCAGCAAAUAAGAGGCGCUGCUCUCGCCACAGGCAAUUUGCCGCACCUCCUUCAACCCCUCCGGGGUAUUGGGACUUGUGA